AUGGAUUUAUCAUUUCCUCUCAUCAUCUUGGUCGUGCGCUUUCUUGUUUCAUUGAUGAUGUUUUAUCUUAUACUUUCUGCCUCUUCUUCUGGUGUGCAGCCCCUGUGCCAUGAUGAUGAGAGAUUUGCCUUGUUGCAGUUCAAGGAAAGCUUCACCAUCAAUUGGUCCGCGUUCAGUGAUCCCUCUGCUUAUCCAAAGGUUUCAUCCUGGAAACCUGAAAGCAGUGAUUGCUGCAAUUGGGACGGUGUAGAGUGCAAUAAGGACACUGGUCAUGUCAUCAGCCUCGAUCUCAGUAGCAGCCAUCUUAAAGGUUUUCUCCACUCUAAUAGCAGCCUCUUCCACCUUGCUCACCUCGAGAGCCUAAAACUAGCCAACAAUCACUUUAAGCAUUCUCCACUCCCAACUAGUUUUAGGCAGCUUUCAAGGCUAACAGUGCUCAACCUCUCAGCCUCUGUAUUUUCUGGCCAAAUCCCUUCAGAAAUUUUAGAGCUCUCCAAGUUAGUUUUCUUGGAUCUCUCAGAUAAUCCGUUUCUGAAGCUCCAAAAAUCUGGCCUUAGAGUUAUAGCUCAAAACUUCACAAACUUGGAAGUACUACAUCUUGACUAUGUUUUUAUAUCAUCCAAUGUACCCAAUAUCUUGGCAAACUUAACUUCUUUAACAUUUCUAUCUCUACGCUGGUGUGACUUGCAUGGUGACUUUCCCGUGGGAAUUUUCCAUCUACCUAAGCUUCAGCUUCUUCGUAUAGGGGGAAACGAAUACCUCACGGGAUAUGUCCCAGAACUUAACAAAACUAGCCCCCUUGUUACAUUGAGACUUGGAUCCGUGAACUUCUAUGGUGAGCUACCAGAUUCGAUUGGUCACCUCAAGUCCUUGGUUAUGUUGACUGCGUGCUUUUGCAAUUUCUCAGGAGAAAUACCAUCUUCACUAGGUAACCUUACCAAUCUAAUUGUUUUAGAUCUUCAAUCAAAUAGGUUGCAUGGUUCAAUUCCACAGUCCAUAUCAAGGCUUGUAAAUCUUGAAACUCUAUAUCUCAAUGAUAACGAUUUGAGUGGCAAGGUGGAGUUUGAGUUUUUUCUGAGACUCAGAAAGCUAGAUGGAUUGCAAUUAUCUGGAAAUGAUAUUUCAUUGAUUACAAAUCCGAGUACCAACUCAACUUUUCCAAAAUUUACUAAAUUAUUUGUAGCUGAUUGUGACUUGGGUGAGUUCCCAGAGUUUUUGAGGAACCAAGAUCAGUUGGAGCUAUUGGAUCUUGGGGGAAACAAAAUUCACGGCCAAGUUCCAAAAUGGAUGGGGAACGUAAGUACAGAAACUCUGUGGGGUUUAUAUCUGGAAGACAACUUUCUGACUGGUUUCGACCAACUUCCAGUUGUACUCCCCUACGUUAAUCUAAAGGCACUGGACCUUGAUUGUAACAUGCUUCAAGGGUCACUGCCAAUCCCACCACCUUCCAUUGCUUUCUAUAAGGUCCCAAACAACAGACUGACCGGAGAAAUUCCACAUUUGAUUUGCAAUCUAAGUUUAAUAGCUGAGCUCGAUUUGUCAAGCAACAACUUGAGUGGCCUUCUUCCUCAAUAUUGUACCAAGCUUGAAGCUGUUAAUCUUGGUAACAAUCAGAUACAUGAUAUUUUUCCUUCCUGGUUGGGCAUUCUUCCUGAAUUGAGGAUUCUCAUUUUGAGAUCUAAUGAACUCUAUGGUACAAUAGGAAGUUCUGAUAGCAAUUUCGAUUUCCCAAAAUUGCACAUCAUUGACCUCUCGAAUAAUGAUCUUACUGGCAAGUUGCCCUCUGAACACUUCCCAAAUUGGAAAGCUAUGCAAAUCGUCGAUGCCGAGAGGUUAAAGUACGUGGAGGAAUACCAAACUCUAGUGACACUUGCAGGAGAUCAGAUGGGCCAUACCUACUCUUUCUCAAUGACAAUGAUCAACAAAGGCACGAAAACACUAUAUGAAAGAGUCAAUGAUUUGUUAAUAGUUAUUGAUCUCUCAAACAACAGAUUUGAAGGAGAAAUCCCAGACGAGGUGGGGAAUCUGAAAGGACUCAAUCUUCUCAACCUUUCCUCAAACUUUCUCACAGGACCUAUCCCAUUUACAUUGGCAAACUUGACAUGGCUAGAAGCAUUGGAUCUGUCUCAAAACAAGUUGUCUGGUGCGAUCCCUCUGCAACUAACGGAACUCACUUUCCUUUCACACUUUAAUGUCUCUCGUAAUCAUUUGACAGGACCUAUACCACAUGGGAAACAAUUCGACACAUUCAAUGUCAGUUCGUUUAGUGAGAACCCUAAAUUAUGCGGAAGUCCUUUGUCAAAGAAAUGUGGGAAUCCUGAGGACUCAUUGCCUCCAUCUUCAAGCCACAACUCAGAAUUCUCAUUUGAAUUUGGUUGGAAAGUAGUCGCGAUUGGAUAUGGAUGUGGAUUCGUGUUUGGAGUUGUGUCUGGGCAAAUCGUUAUCACAAAGAAGUAUGGUUGGUUUAUGAAGACGUUUACAAUUGGGAAGGCACGAAGAAGGGUGAAUUGGAGGGGCCGCAGAAAUUAA